CUAACCUCUUCCCCUUUCACUUUCUACGCCGCGACUCUCUUUCGUGAUGUCCGAAGUCAAGAGAGAUGUCCAAAACCCAGUCCUAUUCGAGUGCGCCUGGGAGGUCGCCAACAAAGUUGGCGGCAUCUACACCGUCAUCAAGACUAAGGUCCCCGUCACCGUCUCCGAGUUUGGCGACAGGUACUGUUUGAUUGGCCCUCUCUCCUACAAGACUGCCCCCAUGGAGGUCGAGGCGGAGGAGCCAACAGACGAGCAUAUCGCCGCCACCAUCGAAUCUAUGAGGUCCCAGGGCGUCAAGGUUCUCUACGGCAGAUGGCUCAUCGAAGGCAACCCCCACGUCCUUCUCUUCGACACUGGAAGCAUGUAUUCCAAGUUGGACGAAUGGAAGGGCGACCUCUGGAACCUGGCCGGCAUUCCCAGUCCCCCAAAUGACCAGGAAACCAACGAGACCAUUAUUUUGGGCUAUCUCGUCGCCUGGUUCCUCGGAGAAUACGUCUCCCGGCAGCUCACAAAAGCCGUCAUUGCCCACUUCCACGAGUGGCAGGCUGGUCUCGCCAUCCCCCUGUGCAGAAAGCGCCAUAUCGACAUCACCACCGUCUUCACCACACACGCUACACUCCUCGGACGUUACCUCUGCGCUGGCUCAGUGGACUUCUACAAUAACCUCCAGUACUUUGACGUCGACCACGAAGCGGGAAAACGAGGCAUCUACCACCGCUACUGCAUUGAACGUUCUGCGGCUCACUGCGCUGACGUCUUCACCACCGUUUCGCACAUUACUGCAUACGAGAGCGAGCAUCUCCUCAAGAGAAAACCCGAUGGCGUCCUACCCAAUGGUCUUAAUGUCGUCAAAUUCCAGGCUAUGCACGAAUUCCAGAACCUUCACUCGCAGAGUAAGGCGAAGAUUAACGAGUUCGUCCGUGGCCAUUUCUACGGGUACUAUGACUUUGACCUCGACAACACCCUCUACCUCUUCACGGCUGGACGCUACGAGUACCGGAACAAAGGCGUCGACAUGUUCAUUGAAUCCCUUGCACGUCUCAACUAUCGAUUGCAGAAGGCAGGCUCAAAUGUCACUAUCGUCGCCUUCGUCAUCAUGCCUGCGGCUACGCACUCGUACACGGUCGAGGCUUUGAAAGGCCAGGCUGUGACGAAGCAACUGCGCGACACCGUGACUGAAAUUCAGAACCGCAUUGGUGCUCGACUUUUCGACCAUGCAGCACGAUUCCAUGGGGAACAGAAAGCGAUUCCGACACCUGACGAACUUCUUUCGGAAGAAGACAAGGUUCUCCUCAAGCGCCGCAUUUUCGCCUUAAAGCGGAACUCUCUCCCACCUGUUGUUACACACAACAUGGCAGACGACGCGAACGACCCGAUCCUGAAUCAGAUUCGACGCGUCAAGCUCUUCAACAACACACACGAUCGGGUGAAAAUCAUCUUCCAUCCUGAUUUCCUUAACAGUAACAAUCCCAUUUUGGGAUUGGACUAUGAAGAAUUCGUGCGAGGGUGCCAUCUUGGUGUUUUCCCCAGCUACUACGAGCCAUGGGGAUACACUCCUGCCGAAUGCACUGUCAUGGGUAUUCCCUCAAUAACGACGAACCUCUCGGGCUUCGGAUGCUUCAUGCAAGACCUGAUCGAACGUCCAGAAGACGAAGGAUGCUACAUCGUCGAUCGCCGCAUGCAAUCCGUGGAAGACUCGGUCAACCAGCUCACCGACUAUAUGUUCGAGUUCACCCAGAAAUCACGCCGACAACGUAUCAACCAGCGUAACCGUGUUGAGCGACUCAGCCCUCUUCUUGACUGGAAGAACUUGGGAAUCGAGUACAGCAAGGCCCGUCAACUGGCUUUGAGGCGCGCUUACCCUGAUGCCUUCUAUGGUGAAGAAGACGUUGACGGAUUCGGUGCUGAGAAUGACUAUUUCGGUGGUGGAGUUGAGCGGAUGAAGCCAACGAACAGCAUGCCGGCAAGCCCACGUUUGAGAGGAAUUGCUACUCCUGGAGAUAUUGCUACUCUUACUGAAGAGAUGCAAGCCCUCAAUACAAGCGACUACCGCGGCUACAACUGGCCUGCGAACGUGGACGAAGAUGAUUCCUACCCAUUCCCGCUUGUCAUGAAGGUUCGCUCGAGGUCUGGAUCUGUCAUGAGCGGUGCAAGUACUCCUGGCGGUGGAGCCUUCAGAGGCUUGAGUGAAGGCGACCUCAAGAAAGCGGAUGCUGCUUUGAGCCACGUCAACGGCGCCUCAGAGGCCAACGGUUCGUAAAUGCAUACUGAAAGUGCUAUCGUGCUAGACUGGUCAACAUCCUCUGACCGGCCUUGUUUGAUUGC